CAGGCGCUGCGGUAGGCGCCCUGGGGGCUGGCAGGACCCUGGCCCCAAGAUGGCGGCGCCCAGCGCAGUGGCCGCUGCUGCCUCCGGCGAGAGCGAUGGAGGGGGCAGCGGCUUUGAAUCGUGGCUAGACGGACGGUUGGAGGCGCUGGGAGUGGACCGAGCCGUUUACGGUGCCUACAUCCUGGGUGUCCUUCAGGAGGAGGAGGAAGAGGAGAAGCUGGACGCUCUGCAGGGUAUCCUCUCUGCUUUCCUGCAGGAAGAAGAUUCCCUUCUUAACAUCUGCAAGGAGAUUGUGGAACGAUGGUCGGAAACUCAGAACGUUGUCACCAAAGUGAAAAAAGAAGAUGAGGUCCAGGCCAUUGCCACCCUCAUUGAGAAGCAGGCGCAGAUUGUGGUGAAGCCCAGGAUGGUGUCAGAAGAGGAGAAGCAGAGGAAAGCUGCGCUCCUGGCGCAGUAUGCUGACGUGACAGACGAAGAGGAUGAAGCAGAUGAGAAGGAUGAUUCAGGUGCCACCAUGAUGAGCACUGGUUCUGAGAAAUCCCUGUUUCGAAACACCAACGUGGAAGAUGUCCUUAAUGCCCGAAAACUGGAGCGAGACUCUCUUCGGGAUGAGUCCCAAAGGAAGAAGGAACAGGACAAGCUGCAGAGGGAGAGGGACAAGCUAGCCAAGCAGGAGCGCAAGGAAAAGGAAAAGAAAAGGACUCAAAGAGGAGAGCGAAAGCGAUAACCUUGGUCCACUCUAUUCUUUCUCCUCAUGAACUUGGUCAAAGGGAGAACUGGCUGUGCACUUGUGUAUUUAAGAGAAAUGAGAAAACAUUGCAAAAGUGGUUUCCCAAGGCAUAUCCCCUUUUGUUUACAUGGUCAAAAGGAAAAUCACAAACACUUCUAAUUACAAAAUGUGCCAUGUCUCUGUGAUGUGGGUAUUGUAGUUGAUGUCUGUACCAAAGAUCUGGAAUGGGGGCAAUCUUUAUAUUUUAAUACUGAAGUCCUGUACUCCUUUUGGCCACUUUAAAAAGUCUUCCCUCACCUGGGAUAAAGAGCAGGAAUAUUCAGAAAGCUGACAGGUUUUGUUCUGAAGGAGCAGAAUCAUGACCACUUCUUCCCUGAGAUGAAAUGUAGGAGUGUCAAUUGCUUCAGAAGUAGUAUUCACCCCUAAAUGUAUUGUUUUAUGGCUGAAAUAGGAAGCUGAUGAAGAGCCCCACCUGGAUCCAGACUUUAUGUUACAUGGCAACAAACUAGGAAAAUGAGAAGUUAUUUGGUGGCUGUUCUACAUUUGAGAUUUUUUAAAAGUUUCAGCCUAUGGUAGGAAACAAAGUGUCUUUUAAUAAGAGAUAGUUAUAUAUUUUUCCUUAUCUGGGCUGUGAUUUUUAUUUUUAUUUUUUUUGCGGUACGUGGGCCUCUCACUGUUGUGGCCUCUCCCGUUGUGGAGCACAGGCUCCGGACGCGCAGGCUCAGCGGCCAUGGCUCACGGGCCCAGCCGCUCCGCAGCAUGUGGGAUCUUCCCGGCCCGGGGCACGAACCCGUGUCCCCUGCAUCGGCAGGCAGACUCUCAACCACUGCGCCACCAGGGAAGCCCUGGGCUGUGAUUUUAAGAAGGAUGUGUCAGUAUUGAGUGCAAGGAUAUCAUUGUUAGCUAGAUUCAUUUUUUAUAAUCAUGAAUCCUCUUGAGUGCUAGUAGAGAUUUUAAUCCUGAUCUGCCCUAAAACAUAUAAGGACCUGAUAAUUACAAGUUUAAAGAAACCCUUUUAAGGAAGAAACACUGGAAAGCUCUGCUAACACAAAGAUAUUUAAGAGUGUACAUAGUAGGUGCAACAAAUUUAUUGAACGAGUGAGUGAAUGGAAAAACUGCUUGGGAGAGUCAAAAGUGAGUAGGAACUCUCCUCCAUGUCUACUUUUGUCACAAGCCACAUUCGGCUGUAAAUAGGCCUUUCCCUACUUCAGGCAGUAGCCUGUCAAGAAGCCUGAAGACAGCAAUUCCUCUGUCAAGACAGAAAGUAGAUAUUUUAUACCAGGGGUGGGCGAACAACUGCCAGCAGCCAAAUUUUGCCCAGUCUGGUUCUGUGCGGUGCAAGCUAACAACGGGUUUCACAUCUUCAAAGGGCUGUAAAAGAAAGAAUAUGUGACAGAGACCUUAUGUGACCUUUAAAGCCUAAAAUAUUUACUACCUGGCCCUUCGGAGAAAAUGUUUGCUGACCUCUGUUUUAUACCAUUAACUAUGAGAUUAACAAAUUUUUUUACCUUUCUGUGGAAGGUAAAACGCAUGGUUAAGGAAAUGAUGUGUCACCUCUAUACACUCCUAUAACCGUGGCAUUGCAAAAUUUUUUUUAAAUAACCACCUUUUAAAAAAAUAAACUAUUUAAAUCAC